AUGUCGAGUGAGCUCAGGAUUUGCGAAGGUGGCUCCGGGAUUUGGCUACCGCUCGGUGGUGACUGGGAGCGAGACUGGCCCACUGGGGUAAAGGUGGCGCUUUAUUUGCUUGGCCUGCUCUACUGUUUUCUGGGAGUGGCCAUCAUUGCCGACGUUUUCAUGGCCUCCAUCGAGAAGGUCACAUCAGUGAAGAAACAGGUCACGAACAAGGAGACUGGCAAAAAGACCACUGUGAAGGUGUGGAAUGACACGGUGGCGAAUUUGACGCUCAUGGCCUUGGGUUCCAGUGCUCCGGAGAUCCUGUUAAGCAUCAUUGAGCUGGCAGGUGCGAACUUCUACUCCGGUUCCUUGGGUGCGUCUACAAUUGUUGGCAGCGCCGCUUUCAACCUCCUCGGCAUUACUGCUGUCUGCAUCGCAGCUCUCCCAGAUGGUGAGAUCAAGAUUAUCAAGGACCGGAAAGUUUUCGCCAUCACCGGAACCUUCUCGGUGUUUGCGUAUUUGUGGCUCCUCAUCAUCCUCAUGGUUUUCUCGCAGGAUAUGGUUGAUCCCUGGGAAGGGGUCGUCACGUUUCUCUACUUCCCUCUAUUGGUGAUUUUGUCGUACAUGGCGGACAUCGGCAUGUUCGGCAAGACCCGCGAGCCCUCAAGCCACAUCGUUUGGUCUGAGGCCACACCCGAACAGCUGGCAGAACUCAUGAUGCAAGUGCGACGAGAUUUCGGUGAUAACCUGAGCCAGGAGCAGAUCUUGGCUGCUUUGCACUACGAGAGCCACAAGCGUCGGAGCCGAGCACAGUACCGCGUUGCAGCCGUGAGGGAUAUCUCUGCAGGGAAAAAGGUGUUGGGUAUCAACGACAAGUUCCGAGAGCAGCUGGAAGCAACAAGAACCCUGACCAGAAUGACUAACGACAACAAGCCGACUCGCACGGCUGCGUCUGGUGCUACCGUCGAGUUCGUGUCGUCACAGUAUUCCGUCCUUGAGAGCGUCGGUACUGCCAAGUUUGGCCUGGCCCGCACCGGCGAUUGCUCAGUUCCUGUAACAGUACUCUGGCGCACUCGUUGUGGCAGCGCCAAAGCCGGGAAAGACUUCAAGAUGCAGGAGGGCAACAUCCUUUUCGAGGAGGGCGACACUGAAAAGGGGUUCGCUGUUCUCGAUUUGGAGCUGGAUGUGCGAAGCCUUGAGAGUUGUCAGAGAGACGCCGGAUCCCUGCGCCGUCACCUACACAGUCCACCGGAAGAGCUUUUGGACUCCUUCCUGGGCAGGCGAGGGUCAGCACGCUGUUGUGAGAUCCCAUUUGAUGGGCCACCAAGCCGUCGUGUGCGCCUGGAGAGCUUGCGAGAACUCAGCAGGAAAGUGGAGACUGCAGUGGGUUCCGUUGACAGGCUGAACCACUUGAGCUGCAUCCUGCAUGAAACAGGCACCUGGGACCGUCGGUCUGCUCCACCCUUGCAGGAGUCUGACGUAGAGAAAUGGCUUCCGCGUCUUAUGGCCGGGACUUUGACAGCGAUUGUUGCAUUGGGUCCUUCUCCAGCGGAGGUUGAGCUCCAAUGUCUCAGCAAUGAACUAGCUGUAAUUGAAGUUGUGGAUGAAGAGGCUGCUAAUGCCGAUGCGGCAGACACUUUGGGUUCGGAGAAGGAGGAGGAGUCAGAGGACGAGAAGCCUCCAACUAAACUUGUCAGUACCGAGUUCCCCGCAAAGCCACACCGGAUAUCGCUGCAUUCUGGCAGGCUGUUGCUUGUUCGAUCCAGCUUGGUGUGGCAGACUCUAGCUGGCGACGCCGGCGACUUUGUCAUAUCUUGGAUGUUUGGAAGUAAGCCAGAAGUUGACUGGGCAAUCCUGAACAAGCCACAUGGCAGCCAGGCACCGGGCCUCCUGCAGCUAAAAGCCUGGCUGAAGAAGCGUCUCGAGCAGCGCAAGGAAAGCCAGAACCAUCGGAACAGGGAAUCUGAAGCUUCGGAGUGGCGAGUCAUGGUUCCAUACGUAUACAAGUUGAAGGCCCCGCGGGCCCCUACCUCAGGAGCCCCCCGCCUGGAGGUGUUCUCCAAGGGUGAGGUUGUUCUUGGGGCCAUGGAGUCAGUUGAUGGAAGCCUCUGGUUAAAGACUCAGUCGGGCCAAGCUGUUGAUGGCCGGCCAGUCACAGGGUAUAUUGCAAUUGAAGCUGAAACGGAGCAGGCCAUGCAACCAGUGAAAGAUUUCCUGCCAGCCUGGCAGGCUUUGUGUGCCCACAUGCCAGCGGAAUCAUCACACCAAAUCGUCGUUCGAGCUGCAUCCUGCAAGUUCGCCACUACACAUCAAGUGCGACAGUUCUGGCCUCCACACCUUGCCGGAGCUGACUUUUGUGUGGAGGUUCCGCUCGCAAGAUGGGAUCAUGCGGAACACUUCUCGGAGGAUGGAAGUGAGAGCGACAAGGCCCUCUGCAAGCACGGUGCCUUCAUGGAUGGAGCAGAACUCUUCGACAACAAGCGAUUCCAGAUUCCGGCUGCGGAAGUCAUAUCCAUGGAUCCACAGCAGAGGAUGGCUUUAGAAUGUGCGGAGGAAGCUUUCUUCAACAUGGGCCUGACCCGAGAGAUGCUUUCCAGAUCAGUCUCUGGAGUUUAUGUCGGUGCGGGCAUGCAUGAAUGGCCCGGCACCCCAAACUGCGCUCGAGAUCCUGCUGCUGACAUGUACUCAUGCACUGGCGGUAGCACAGCAAUUCACUCGAAUCGCAUUUCCUUCAAUUUGGGUCUCAUGGGACCUUCGCUGACUGUGAUUUGUGAGGGUGCAUCAUCCCUUCUGACGCUAGAGCGUGGCUUCGUGUCUUUGGACCCGCAAAAGUCAGACAAUAUACGUGCAUUGUCCAUGGGCGUUUCCACGAUGCUUGUUCCGUCAACUUGGGUACACCUGUCGCAACAGGGCGUAAUGUGGCAUGUUGGGGGACUCCAUGGACGCUGCAAGGCUUUCGCCAAUGAGGCAGCAGGUUAUGUUCGCGGGGAAGGCUGUGGGUGUGUGGUUCAAGAGGUCCUCCACAAGAGUGACGGGUCAGAGGAGAACUUUUUGGGAGCCGUGCGCAGUGCAUGCUCAAAACACCAGCCCAUUGCUGGUCUCCUGGAUGCCCCGAGCGGCCCUGCAGAGCAGUUGCUAGUUUCGGAGACUUUAAGACGUGCUCAGCUGGAUCCGCUUUCGAUAGACGCCAUCGACUGCAACGCAGAAGGACGUCAACUGUGCGAUGCCAUAGAGAUUGCAGCUAUCUCCGAUGUCUUGUGUCCGUCUGACGGCGGCAAUGACUCGCAGAUUCGCCCAUUGACUCUAACGUCCUGCAAGUCUAGCCAGGCCCACUGCCUUGAGGCUGCUGGUAUAUGCUCACUCCUGCGCAUCCUCAUGAGCACAAAUACCAGAUGUCAUGUUGCACCCAACCAGCACUUGUACACAUUGAAUCCGAUCCUCUGUUCAACAUGCGAGUUCGAUGACUUCUUGUGCCAAGUGCCAACGGAGCUGGUGAAGUCUAGGAGUCGAGAUUCAGUCAUCGGCGUAAAGGGCCAUAGCAUCGCUGGGACGAUGGGCUUGGUGCUUGCCUCGAUCACACAACGCCAGCCCAAGCAGAGAGAAGGGUCCCCCGCAACUCAAGCUCUGCCAUUCUGGCCAUCUGGGAACGUUCCUUUACCUGCACACGCUGAUGCGCAGAAGGGCUAUGAGCUCCUGGGUUCCUGGAAUGGCUGGAAGGCUUCUAUUCAGAUGCGGCAGGGCACGUCCGGUCGCGAACAUGUGUGGGCAGCUGAAAUUCCUGUCAAUGGGGGAGGAUUGGUGAGCUUCCAAAUCCUGCUGGAUGGAGAUCCAGAAAAGAUCCUGCACCCCGGCUCUGUGGCUGCAGGACCAAACACGCGCGUCUUGGGGCCACAUCCCUCAAGUCAGGUGGGUCAUUCGGUGUCUUGGUGCGUUGCGGCCCCACAGGAGGUCAUGUGCCAGGUUGAGCUUCACAUUUCGGGUUCGUGGCGUGCAGUAUCUUGGUUUCUACGUGCGAUCCGGUCGGGCAAUCUCAAGCACUUGAAGCUGUGCCAGGUUGUCGAAGUUGAAAUCAUUGAUGAUGAUGACUACGAGGAUGAUCAGGAGUUCUACAUGGAGAUCUGCUCUGCUGUGGCCACCGGCAAUGUUGAAGCCCACAUCGGAGAGAAGAAGGAAGCGACUGUGGUUAUCGUCGAUGAUGACCUACCGGGAAUUAUUGGCUUUGUUACCGAGGAGAUCAAAGUGGAGGAGAGCCCGCAGACGCAGCAGGUGGAGAUCAAGAUCCGACGCAAAAUGGGUGCCUCAGGAACUGUCACGUGCAAAUACAGAACCGAAGAUGCAUCUGCGAAAGCAGGGCCGGACUACACAAAGUUGGAAGGCGAGCUGGAGCUGAAGCCAGGACAGAUGGAAGCUUCCCUUUACGUCGACAUCAUGCCAAAGGGCCGCUACGAGUCGACGGAGAAGUUCAGGGUCAUCUUGGAAGAGCCGUCUGGAGGACUUCGCUUUGAUGUCAGCAGCGACGGUGGCAGUGAGUCCUGCGUGUGCACAGUGUGGAUCCUCGCAGACGUCUCGCACAAGCCUUUCAUGGACAAGAUUGUCUCGUCCUUGUCGCCGAACUGGGAUGAGGUAGCACUAGGCAACACAGCUUGGUUGGAACAAUUCUUUGAAGCAUUGUACUGCGGUGGUGACCGAGAAGAGCAAAGCAAAUCGUCUUGGUUCGAGUUUGUGCUUCACGUGAUGUCCCUGCCGUGGAAAGUUGUCUUUGCCCUCGUGCCGCCAACCGAAUACUGCGGUGGUUGGCUUUGCUUCUUCAUUGCGCUGGUAAUGAUUGGUUGCGUCACGAUUAUCAUCGGAGAUUUGGCCUCCCUGUUGGGCUGCUCGAUGAACAUCAACGACUUGCAGACCGCAAUCACACUUGUGGCCAUGGGCACCUCACUGCCAGACACCUUCGCAUCCAGAACGGCAGCCCGACAGGAUGAAUAUGCUGACGCCAGCAUUGGAAACGUCACCGGGAGUAACUCCGUGAACGUCUUCCUUGGCAUUGGCCUCCCGUGGAUGAUUGGCGCCAUCUACUGGAACAUCCAGGGAGCGACUCCAGAAUGGCAAGCUGCAUAUCCAGGGCUCGUGGACACGCAUCCCAACGGCGGAUUCUACGUGAGCUCUGAAGGUUUGGCCUUCAGUGUGGCGGUUUUUUCCUGUUGCGCGGUGGUCUGCUUUGGCGUUCUCAUCUUCCGUCGGUCCUACUUUGGCGGUGAACUGGGCGGACCCAAGCCGGCGCAGUACAUCUCCGGUGGCGUUUUGGUGCUGUUGUGGGCAGUGAGCUCGGACUUGUUGAACUCACCUCUUCUGGGCCAUCUACAUUGGCCUUUCAAUCUGGUUCAGCAGCUGAGCUGCGAGGAGCCUUCGCAUGGAUGGCUCCGGUGCAGACCGAGGCCUCCC